CAAGUAGUUUUUGGGUUGUCUACUAUAUGAAAGGUACUGAGCCAGGAUAUAAGAGGAUGUAAACAGGAAUGAGACAAGAUUUUUUUUUUAAUUUAUUGGGGUGACAAUUGUUAGUAAAACUACAUAGAUUUCAGGUGUACAAUUCUGUAUCACAUCAUCUAUAAAUCCCACUGUGUGUUCACCACCCAGAGUCGAGACAAGAUUCUGACUCACAAAGGCAAUCUGUAAAUAAUAAUAUGGACAGUACUUGGGCGAUAAACCGUAAAUACUUUAAAGACGUGAACAAGAUCUACGUAAGUUCAGAAAAGGGAGAGACAUAAAUCUUCCUCGUAGGCUUUGAAAGGCCAAAAUCAAGCCAAAAGCCAAACUCUAAUAAAGAAUAGAGUACCGAUGUGUCCUUUCCUGUUUUUACUGAUUUUUGAAGGGCUUCUCUCCCGAUUUCUUGCUGUGCUAUAAUCAUGGCUAUCAGUGGGUGGAGAUGAGAAUCAAUUGUUCCGCAAAUAAAAUACCUAAAUGGAUUUGCAAAUUCAUGCUCCAUCCUCUUCCAGUUCCCACCCGCUCCCAAAAAGCUCCUGGUAUUUGACGCUUCGCGCUGUCAGCUUGGCUCUGGGGUCCUUACAUUCAGGUUGGAACUGGAAAUAUGUCCGUCAGGCACCCGAGUUCAGUUCUUGCGCAAAGCCAGGAACGUCCCCAACAGCUUCACCCGAGGCUGAGACAGGAAAACAAGCUUUCCCCGUCAACCCUGAGGCGGGCCCCUCAAGAAGCAACCACGCGGGAGCCGGAUCGAUGCAAAAUCCAGUUUCUCUUCAGCGGUUCGCCUCGUUCUUGGCGCCAAAACAAACCAUCGGUCCGUCCCCUGCCGGAUCUACACGACACGUAAGACACGUAAUCGGCAACUCUCCGCCACGCUAAAUAGUCCUUUCUAAGAUGUAUCGGACACACGCUUUUUCACCCCAGAAGGACUUCUGUGGAAAGCCAGUGAGCUUCGGAGAUGCGUCACCCUUCUGUUCGAACGAAAAUGUGGGUCUUCUAAUCAUUUUCUCUUCACAGAUUCCUCCGCCAGAAGUUAUAUCCGCGGAUCUCCACUUCCGGGUCCGCCAUUUUGUUGCCUCCAUUUCUCCACGAGGGGGGGUUAAAGGCCCCCAAAAUAUGCAUAUAUGAAAAGGCCAAAAAGUAACCGUCACUGACAGGGAGACUUAACUAGAGAAGGAAACGGGACCAAACUGGCGGGCUCGGUGGAAGCGCAUCCGGCAGCGUCCCGGACGAGGAGAUAGAUGCUUCAGGUUAACUCAAAAGAAAAGAGUAACUGAGGACGGGAAGAGCCUUGAACACAUUUCUAGGAGACCUUUUUCUAUAUCAGCUUCCUGAAAACGUUUGUUCCUAUGCAUAAAGAUGUCUUUGGUGGACUUGGGGAAGAGGUUGCUAGAAGCAGCAAGAAAAGGCCAAGAUGAUGAAGUGAGAACAUUGAUGGCAAAUGGUGCCCCAUUCACCACAGACUGGCUUGGAACAUCACCCCUCCACCUGGCAGCCCAGUACGGUCACUAUUCCACAGCAGAGGUGCUCCUUCGAGCGGGCGUUAGCAGGGAUGCCCGGACCAAAGUGGACAGGACCCCCCUGCACAUGGCUGCAGCUGACGGCCAUGCACACAUCGUGGAGCUGCUUGUCAGGGUAAAGCAAGACUUGUGGCGGAAUGGUGCCGACGUGAAUGCCAAGGACAUGUUGAAGAUGACAGCUUUGCACUGGGCCACAGAGCACCACCAUCGCGAUGUUGUAGAGCUACUUAUCAAAUAUGGAGCCGACGUCCAUGCUCUUAGCAAGUUUGAUAAAUCUGCCUUUGACAUAGCCCUGGAGAAGAACGAUGCUGAGAUUCUGGUCGUCCUUCAGGAAGCAAUGCAGAACCAGGUGAAUGCUAAUCCCGACAGAGCCAACCCCGUGACCAUGGCUACCCCGUUCAUCUUCACGUCGGGAGAAGUCGUCAGCCUUGCCAGCCUCGUUUCUUCAGCCAACACCAAGACAACCUCAGGUGACCCCCAUGCCUCCUCAGCAGUGCACUUCUCACAUUCUACCACCUCAGUGCUGGCCACCCUUGCAGCUCUUGCUGAGGCAUCAGCCCCCCUCUCCAACUCACACAGAGCCACAGCGAAUUCAGAGGAAGUCAUAGAGGGAAAUUCAGUUGACUCGUCCAUCCAACAAGUGGUGGGGAGUGGAGGCCAGAGGGUCAUCACCAUAGUGACCGAUGGCGUCCCUCUGGGUAACAUCCAAACUGCUAUACCUACUGGAGGCAUUGGCCAGCCCUUUAUUGUAACCAUGCAAGAUGGACAGCAAGUUCUAACUGUGCCUGCUGGUCAGGUUGCAGAGGAGACUGUAAUUGAAGAAGAAGAGGAAGCAGCCGCAGAGAAGUUGCCACUGACUAAGAAACCCAGGAUAGAAGAGAUGACAGACAGUGUGGAGGAAAGCAAGGAAGGCACGGAAAGAGAGCUACUCCAGCAGCAGCUCCAGGAGGCCAAUCGGAGAGCCCAGGAAUACCGACACCAGCUGUUGAAGAAGGAGCGGGAGGCGGAGCAGUACCGCCUCAAGCUGGAGGCCAUGGCGCGGCAGCAGCCCAAUGGCGUUGGCUUCGCCGUGGUUGAAGAGGUGGCCGAGGUGGACGCUGUAGUUGUCACUGAGGGGGACCUGGAAGAGAGAGAGACGGCAGUGACUGGGGCAGGGGGCACCCCCGGGCCUCAUACUGGGGUUUCCAUGGAAACUGUUUCAUCUUAACGUACAAGGGCCACAGUCUGUACUGAGUCCAUCAUUUCCCUCUUUUUAAAAGAAAAUCCAACAGAGGACCAACACUGUGUAAAAGUUAAGAAUGUCCUUAAGAAGAAAACUAUGGCAGGGUACAAUGCUUGGGCCCAGGAGGGCUCUCUAUGCAACAGGAACAAUCAAAGCCAGAUCUAGGGAGCACUCCUGCGGAGGGGCCCAAAGAGAAAGGACCAGCUUUCUCAGCGUCCGUCAUUGCUUUAAGCAUAGAGGGUAAAGAAUGCUGCAUGUUGUAGGUUGAUUGUCUUUUAAAUAACUGACUUUCUAUCAAACGAUUCUAUUUUCUAUCAAAAGAUUUUUAAGAUAACAUUCCUAAUACGGACAUACCCAGAGCCUUUAACAGCCGUACCGUCAAGUGACCUGAAGAUUUGCCUUAGAUCUGGGACGGGUGUCUGUUAGAGAAGAAAGUAAUUGAGAGUGGGGUUAGGAGCAAAUUCAGGGGGCAAAAAAGGAAUAUGCUCCACUUCUAAGGGAGCAGGCGCUCCCCCACUUUCCUGAGUUAAUCUCACUGGAAAGAAAUUAGUGGUUGCCUGAUGAAAUUUGCAUCCAUCGUGUCCAUAGCUCAGAUGCCAGUUUAAGAAACCAAAGUAUAAUUUUUAAAAACUGGAAAGGAGAGAAAACUUGUUUAUGUGGGAGAAGUGUAUAUAAAUCCCAAGUCCUCCGGCUGUUUCACAAUGCUGGGAAGUGGCCAAAAAGGCUUGUCGCAUUGUGAAACAAGCUGGUGUCAAGAUACAAGCGUUGCUCCGGCUGGAUUUUAUAGUCGCUAUUAGGAGGGGAGUCUGUUGGUAGAACAACUUGCUUCCAAACAUUUCUUUAUGUAAUAUCAAGCUUUAAUAUCAACUCUUUAAUUUCAUAAAAUCUGUUGGGAUUUCUAAGUGCGCCUUUCUGUGGAGCUUAUACGGUAUCCUCUUACAUGCAAUAAAAGAAGGGGGCAGGAGAGACGCGUGCCAAGGGUGUUGUGUAGUUUCGAUGCCAUUUGAUUUCGGGGUGGGAAAUUGCUGUUUCCUUGGGCAGAGUGGGGGAGUGGUAGGGGAGAAGGGGCUUGUGCACAGAUGGCUUCCUUGCCUUCCUUACCAGGUGCCAGGUGUGGGCUGGCAAAGGCAGUAAGAACUACCAGCGCCAUAAAGUAAGGAACCAAAGAUUCUGGCCAGAUACUUUGUCUGCCUUCCUCCCUUCUCCCCACUAUGCCUGCUCCUUUGCCUAGACCUUUGGGAAAGUGUUUCAUUGCUGAGUUUUCUUUGUGUGCCAACUUGCCGUUUUUUUCAAAAGGGACAUAGGGAUGGAGAGGGCUUGGAGGGA